AUGGACGCCGUUUCUCAACUAAGCAGAGCAACGAACAAAGUCAAUUCUUACCAAGAAGAACCGAACACACUUUACAAGCAGCAGACGGUAAAAGUGUCGGGUCUUGUGCUCCAUCGGCGAUGGAGGACGAAAUGUGCUUUGGAACUGCGGCGGAACGAAAUCGUGACCGAUGCAACCACUCGGAACACAAGGACUCGGAGGACGCAGAUCGGCUCCGCGACCUGCCAUCCAGCGUGCCAUCACUUCGCGCUACCAACGGCCUUUGUAUCGAAGCUCGUAAGAAGAAGGACUGGCGUGAGUUCAUGCUCGGCGGACCAUAUGACAAGAUCUUAUGACUUGGGCUUGAUCAUUAUCGGCAUCGGUAUCGAUCGGCAUCCUUCCCUGCAAUUCUCACAUGGGCAUCCUCGGUAUCUUGAUGUUUCCAAUUUACGACUCAAUCCUCCAUUCAGGAUGUACUCCGACGGAUACGAGCGCAACACAACGGUCCUCAAGAAGGGUGACUCGAGACUCGUUGGUAGCUCGCAUUAG